AUGGCGUACUCGAUUCAAUGCUGCAAAAUUCCAGAACUGUUCGAUAGGGCAACCUAUGUAGGAUGCAUAACGCCAGAUAAUGAAAAAUUCGGAAAACCUGCCGCUCGUGGAUCACCUGAGUGUGCUGAAAAGAAGUGCGUACUCCGGAACAACGAUUUGCUCCUGGACAACGAUGAGAUUGACAAGGAUGCCUUCAAGCAGUACCUGAACGAGUGGGUGGCGACGAGAAGGGACUAUAUGCCUGCAAUUAAAGCUGUUAAAGAUGUCUGUCUUGGUAACAAGCCUUUGCUUGGAUCGAUGCUAAUGUGUGACUCGGACAGACUACAAUUGUGCAUCGGAUCUAAUUUUCUUAACGUAAGAUCUCUUGCUUUUAGUUAA